AUGGCGAACAGCAAUCUACCUCGACGGAUCAUUAAGGUGAUUAUUCUUUCAGCUGUUGAUUAUCUCGUGGAACAGGCGCAAAGGAGUCUCUUGUCGGCGGUUCCACCAUUUCCGCCGCCUGGAGGCUGAUUUCUCAUGCCUUCUUCGUUUCCCUUCUUCCCGAGGCGACUGCCAUCUUCUUGCUCCAUUUGCUGUCUUGCGUCUCGUUUUCUUACACAAGGUUCCUGUUUCCCGUUGUCUUACAGGAAACACAGCGGCUUCUCAGUGAACCAGGUACGUCCCAUGUCUCCACCUUCCACGUUCCAGACGUGUGCUGCUGAGUAGAUUUGUGUUUUUAAUCGCUUUUUUUGGUAUUUCCAUCCACACCGCACGCGAAGAAUUGCGAUCCAAGAAUUGUUCAUUGUAGUCUAAAAUUAUGUUGCUGCAGCACCGGGCAUCAGUGCGUCGCCUUCUGAAGAUAAUAUGCGCUAUUUCAAUGUCAUGAUUCUUGGUCCUACCCAGUCUCCAUACGAAGGUAAAAUGAAAUAUAUAUCAUACUGUGGCCUUUUGUAUGUUGGAUGGCUUUUUUAUUGCUAACCCAAGUAUUGUUGUUAUUAUUAUGCUACUGGGGGACCCGUUAGCCUUUCCUUUCGUACUAUAAUUAGAUUCCAGUACAGUGAAGUUGACUACCUCGAAAGUAACGAUCUUAGGAUGGUCAGUGGACCUGGGUAUAAGUAGUCUCUGGUCAUUAGGGCGGACCAUCUCAUCAAAAGCUGGGUCGAGGAAUUUGGAUGGGAUUUGCGUAUAACAGAAGGAAUGAACUAACAUCACUGAAUACGGUGAUUUUAUGAUUGGCUCCUUUGUAAAGCAUGAUCAUAAUCGACGUCCCGUUCAAUCCAACUGAAAAAGCUGCUAGUGAACCAAGUUGCAGCCGACUGUUAGGGAAGGUUAUGAAAGAAGGAAAGAAGGGGAGAAAUCCUCAGAUAAUAUGCAGCUUUUUUCUUGUACUUUGAUGUUGGUAGAUGGUAAUCGGACUGGAUGAAUGUCCAAUCAAUGAUGAAUCUCACGAGGGCAUACUACUACGUCUAGAUGGUUUUAAUGUGCCCUGCCCAAUAGAUCCAAGACCUAUAAUUUGCCUCUUCUUAUAGACAGGAGGAAAAUGAGAAAGCCAACUUGAUUUUCUUUCAGGUAAGAUAUGAUUCCAAAAGGAAUAGGAUAACCAAAAUGAUAGGAGAGACACCCUCGUAUGAUCUGUUGGAGAUGAUGAAGAAGAGAUAGACAAACCUUGAGGAACAGAAAAAAGGGUGACAAUCAUACACAGGAAUGCAGAUUUUCAUAUGUUUCGAUUAUUCUUUCACCGACAGCUUCAAUCAGUUCACUAUGUCGAAGUAGUUAUGUAUCAUACGUAGGGAAAUAUGAUUAAAGGAGCCAGUCUGCAGCAUAAUAGCUGAGUAACUUGCUUUUCUUCUCUUCUAGUGAUGUUCAUGAGCUCAGAUGAUGUGGAAUGUUCUUUUACUUCUAGGAGUGUCCUCAGGUUUCGAAGAAAUUAUUUCAAGUUUGAGUGGGAGCAAGGAUAUUCAGAGCGAACAUGGAAACAUAACAAAUACCUUGGGACGCACACUGGCCAAUUUUCUUCCUAAAAUUUCUAGCAUUCCUUCGUGAGAUUAACCUCUGAGAAUGCUUGAUUGGAAGAAACUUUUGGGAAUUCAAAGCAGUAGUGUUUUUGACAGUGACUAAGACAUUGGUGGUCUGUAGAGAUUCGAAUCGUCUAGAAAAGCGUCUGUGCAUUUCAUAGUGAGUUUUAACUGUAUCGCAGACUGUCUUUUGUAGAACUAUGCUGACUAGAUGAUAUUUAAAAAGGAACUCCUUUGGUAUUCCUUCUUUUCUUAAUUUAUUUCUAUGUGCGAUAUUUUCAAUAAUAUUAAUUUAUUUCGCUGUGUUCUAGAAAUUGUUCCUUAUCCGAUAACUUCCUUCGAAAUAGUGUGUGACAGACAACUUUUUCUUUAUACCUUCCCAUUUCGUCAAUAUUUCUGUUUGUAACAUUAUAUUUUAUGUGAUUAGGAGGGGUUUUCAAGUUGGAGUUGUUCUUGCCAGAAGAGUACCCAAUGGCUGCCCCUAAGGUCUGACAAAUUUCAGUAAAAAAAAAUGGCCCCAACUUUUAGUCCCUUGAAUGGCAAAAUUGUCCCCAUUAUGGUGUUGCAUGCUUUUCCUGGAACUUUUUAGCCAAUAUAUUGCCCCAAUUUUACGUCACUUUAAUGAAAAAUUCCCGCUCUUUUGCAGCAAUACACUGCUACUUUUCUUACCGUGCCAUUGUUGAUGAACAACUUAGAAUCUGAUACGGGAAAGUUUGUUCAUUGUUGCUUUUCAUAUGUUUCUUCUGCUUUUCAAAAAUGGAUGUGCAUGCUGGCAUAAUAUUUCUUUGUAUACCACAUACUAUUUAUGCUUUCUCUACUCUUCAGACCAAUUGGCUGAUUUAAAAUUAUAGAUUCACCAUUAUGAUAUUGAUAUUGCUGUUGUUUUCUUGGGACAAUUUGAUUGACAUUUUGAUACUAAUGAUCAUGGUAAGUUUAACCAUCGUCCCUGUACACUUGGAUCAUUUGUUGUUGCAAUAUGCUCCGCCGUCAGGGCAUCUGAACUAUGACUGGCCCAUUUAGGUUACCUGGAAGAGGAAAACAGAUUUCUUCCAUGAUAUUGUCCUUACUUGCAGCUUUCUGGGUUUGUCCCCGUGCGCUUAACAGAGCAGUGUUUGGUCAGCUAUUCCGUAGUUGCAAUUCGCUAGUUCCUCCUCAGAAUUUGAUUUCUUCUGUCAGGCCAUGCUUGUUAAGCUUUUUUCCAAAAGGGUCUUCAGCUCUUGAAUUUUUCUUGUCAAUGUCUUAAUCUCGUCUCCCUCUCAUGUUUGCUUUCUUUCCACUGUCUGUGUAGCACAUGAUGUCAUGUGAUAUGCUCAAUUUCUUCUUCUCUUGACAUUGUUUCUAUUCUCUAUUUUUCACGAGCCAAGAUAAGCUUGCAUGCAGAUAUCGCCCACCUAAGGCUACUGUUCAUACGCCAACUUUAGAUGAUAAGUAAGGCUAAAUGUUAAGAAAUAUCAGUUUUACUAUGGUCAAAUAUAAUCAAAUUAAUUGGAAAACAUCAAAUGGAUUUUAGAACAUGUUUCAUGAUUUUUCUUUGUUAAACUUGCAUAUCAUUAUUUUUUGGAAAUAUCCAUUUGAUGAUUUAACUCAAAUACUAACGCAAUAUCCAAGGCAUAACCUUGAGAAAACUAGUUUUUUUAGAAAGUAUUUACAUCUGUAAUUAGUCGUUAUUUCAUUGGCACGUAGAUCAGACUGUAAAGUGGUUUUCUGAAAGUAAGAAUUAAUAUUUCGCCUCACAAAAGCUCUCUAUUCUUUAUUGAAGAAAUUCUAUGAUAUUUUUGGCAUCUGAUGAGCUCCAGUUAGUUCCGUUGAGGGUUCCGAGUUCAGUUCGAAAAUUGAGAUCGAUGAGAAAAUACAGAUCCUAGUUCCAUUUAAGGACAGCUCGGUGAGGUCAGGCCCAUGAAGGACAGGGUUACAGGCUUUUUACUCUGAGAUGGACCUUACUUAAAUGGCAAUCAGUUCCGUACUUGAUUCCGUGAGAUGAUAUCUGGGAAGUCAACGAUAUGAACCGAUCCAUCACCACCAGGAAGAGGGGAUCCCUCCUCACCAAAUCAAAUUUAUAGAAGAUCACAUACUUAUGAGCCGGCUUAGAUCUCAUAUGUUCAUAUUAUGCCAUAAAAAAAUGAGAAAAAAUGUAGUCUCUCUGUACUUCACUUGUGUUUUUCUCUGUUUAUGGGACAGGUGCGCUUCCUUACAAAAAUAUACCACCCCAACAUCGACAAGGCAAGUAAAUCUUCUACUCCAUUCCCUUGCUUUCUUUUACCACAGGGGGGGGUUUUUGGGGGGCGGGGGGGGGGGGACAGUCUCUGACAGCGACAUUACUGUCCACGGCAGCUUGGCAGGAUCUGCCUUGAUAUUCUCAAAGACAAGUGGAGCCCCGCCUUACAGAUCCGGACCGUGCUGCUGAGGUUAGCCGUGUUCUUGGGGGCCGUUGGUACCCAGAAAUCCCGUCCAUCUCCGAGAUUCUCUGCACAUAAAGAUGAUGCUUCCUCCACCAUGUGAACCAGCAUCCAAGCUCUUCUGAGCGCCCCAAACCCAGAUGACCCUCUCUCGGAGAACAUAGCAAAGCAUUGGAAGACGAACGAAGCGGAAGCCGUCGAAACAGGUAGCCGCCGCUGCCGCCCAAAUCCCUGCCGAAUGUUGGAAGAAACUGCGCUGGUUCCUGCUCAAUCUACGCCAUGAUCUACUGAAUUCUUUACUGACUUAGCCUUUUCCUCUCCCUUCUCCACCAGCGAAGGAAUGGACUCUUCUCUACGCCAGCGGAGCGUGA